UGACUGCUUUGACACAACCAAACCAUCCUGUACCUGUCACCACCAUUUUAAUUGAAUUACAUUUUAUGACAAAGCUACAAAACUUUUGCGUAAAUUCCGAGGUCUUACAUUGUAAGGAGGAGUAUUAAGAAAUGGGCGCAUCACGAACGACACAGAGACUGCUGUGAUGGGUGUAGCAAGAUGGCGGGCGUGCAGACCGCUGAGGAGGACCACUAACGGACAUGACGUCACACAAGGCCCCACAUGAUGCCGGAAGCGGAAGUAGCUCUGUUUUACGGGCCAAGUUUGUUGUGGACGAAGAUAUCUCUGAGAUGGGUUGUGACGGAGGAACCAUCCCCAAGCGCCAUGAGCUGGUGAAAGGGCCCAAGAAGGUGGAGAAGGUUGAUAAGAACGCAGAGCUAGUGGCACGCUGGUAUUACUGCAUCCUGAGCCAGGAGAAGCUGAAGAGGCCGAUUGUGACCUGUGAGCUGGGAAGGUUGUACAAUAAGGAUGCCGUCAUUGAAUUUAUACUGGACAAGUCCCCAGACAAACCCAAUGCGGAAUCCGCUGCCCAUAUCAAGAGCAUCAAGAAUGUGAUUGAGCUGAAUCUCACGGACAACCCGGCAUGGACAGGUGGCAAAGGAAACACGAAAGGCGACACAUAUGAUGAGCAGAGAGCACAGUUCAUCUGUCCUGUUGUUGGUCUUGAAAUGAAUGGUAAACACCGGUUUUGUGUGCUGAGACAGUGUGGCUGUGUGUUCUCUGAGAGAGCUAUAAAGGAGAUCAAGACAGACAUAUGCCAUAAGUGCGGAAAGAAUUUUAAUGAAGACGACAUAAUUCUUUUGAAUGGAGACAAAAAUGAAGUAGAGGAACUGAGGAAGAAGAUGGAUGAAAGAAGAUUGAAAGCCAAGUUGGAGAAGAAAUCCAAGAAGACAAAACCAGCUGAGAUAGUCACCGCAAACAAUCAUACAGAGGAAGAAGCUGCAGGGCCAUCUGGAAUCACAAAUGGAAGCAAAACCAUUUCAAGGGAAAAAAUCAACUUUGUCUCCAGCACCACAUCCACUGCAGAACCCAACUCAUCAGAGACGGUCGUCUCAUCAUCAUCUGCCGCUAAGAGGCAGUUCCCCAGCACAAAUAACAAAUCUGAGGCAUACAAAUCCAUCUUUACCUCUCACAGCUCUGCCAAACGCACCAAGGAUCAGUCGUCUAACUGGGUCACCCACACAGCAUAUUACUUCUAAUUAAACGGACUCAACAUCUCUGUGACUUUACAGAGAAAUAACAUGUAUAUAGUGUGGUAACAUCAUUGUCUGAUAGGAUAACGCUUUAGUACCGGCUUCUGGUCGCACCCCUGUAUUAGUGGGGCAGUGGCUUCACUAUGGUUCAUUGAUACAUUUUGUGCAGAUACCUGGUCAUAGAAUUUGUCUAUUAAUAAAAUGAUUGAGACU